AUGCAUCUCCUUCCUUCCCUCGCGGCGUUGUUCGCCUUAGCAACUUCGGUUACUGCACUCACAUCCUCUUUGAAGCAGGUCACCGCAUUCAAAUCUGGACCCACGGCUGCUGGCAUGUAUAUUUAUGUCCCAACGACUAAAAAAGCCCUCGCUCCAAUCAUCGUUGCAAUUCAUCAUUGUCAAGGAACAGGAUCAGGUUACUUUGGGGAAACAAAAUACGCACAGUACGCUGACACUUACGGCUAUAUUGUCAUCUAUCCAAACUCUCCUUCUUCUGGUGGAUGUUGGGAUGUCUCAUCAAAGGCAUCAUUGACGCACAAUGGCGGCGGAGAUAGUCAGACUAUUGUCAACAUGGUAUCAUAUGCAGUCAGCAACUACGGUGGUGAUGCAUCCAAAGUUUAUGUCACAGGAAGCAGCUCCGGCGCGAUGAUGACCAAUGUCCUAGCCGGUGCAUACCCCGAGGUUUUCCAGGCUGCCAGCGUUUAUUCUGGCGUCCCGGAUGGCUGCUUUUACGUCGCGAGUGCUACCGCCGGAAUGGCCACGCCGGCGUGGAACUCUCAAUGCGCGAACGGUAAAACCGUCCAAAGUGCUGAGACUUGGGGCAAUCUUGUCCGCAGUUACUAUCCUGGCUACACAGGGUCUAGACCGAAAAUGUUGAUCUGGCACGGCACUGUUGAUACAACGUUAUACUACCAGAAUUUGGCCGAAUCGCUCAAAGAGUGGUCCAACGUCCUCGGUGUUACUUUCUCACGUAACGUCACCAACUCACCACAAUCAUCUUACACACAGAUCGUCUAUGGAGACGGCACAAAGCUCGUCGGAUAUUCGGCUGUAGGUGUAGGACACACUGUUCCGGUUCACGAGACAAAUGACUUGGCAUGGUUUUGUAUUUCUCAAGCAUGUGCAGGAAGCAGCACAACGAGUGUUUCCGGCAUCACCACCUCAAAGACUGAGACUUCUAGCUCUUCCAAUGUUGAUACGACUUCUCCGGUUAGUUCGAGUACAGCAGCACCAGGUGGUUGUCUUGCUUCGCGUUACGGUCAAUGCGGAGGCACGGGAUGGACAGGGUGUUCGAGCUGUGAAUCCGGUACAACUUGCACUUUUAGCAAUGAUUGGUACUCCCAGUGUUCAUAA